AGCUGGAGGACAAAGCCAUGUAAGGUCUGUGGCUAUCACUGCAGCCAGCUCAGACCCGCCUCCCAACCCUGGCUCCAGCCUCCCUGUUCCUUCCCAUGCUGGCAAAAACAUCAGACUCCACAGAAGCUCUGCUAUUGCCUAGCGCCUGGGAGACCCCGGCCAAAAGGAGUCCAUUUCUGGUAGAAGCCUGUCCGUCUUCAAGGAACAAUGACCCAGAAGACCACCAUAGUGCUUCUUGUUCUGGCUGUCAUCACCAUCUUUGCUUUGGUUUGUGUCUUGCUAGCUGGCAGGAGUGGAGAUGGGGGCAGACUGGGUCAACCUCUUCAUUGCCCCUCCGUCCUUCCUAGUAUCCAGCCCUGGACACACCCUGGCCAGAGCCAGGUGUUUGCAGACCUGAGCCUUGAAGAGCUGACAGCUGUGAUGAGGUUUCUGACCAAACGCCUGGGGCCAGGGCUGGUGGAUGCAGCCCAGGCUCGACCCUCGGACAACUGUGUCUUCUCAGUAGAAUUGCAGCUGCCUGCCAAGGCUGCAGCCCUGGCCCACCUGGACAGAGGGGGCCCCCCACCUGUGCGGGAGGCACUGGCCAUCAUCUUCUUUGGUGGACAACCCAAGCCCAAUGUGAGUGAGCUGGUGGUGGGGCCCCUGCCUCACCCCUCCUACAUGCGGGACGUGACUGUGGAGCGCCAUGGUGGGCCCCUGCCCUAUUACCGGCGUCCUGUGUUGGCCAGAGAGUAUCAGGAUAUUGAGGAGAUGAUCUUCCACAGAGAGCUACCCCGAGCUUCAGGACUCCUCCAUCACUGUUGCUUCUAUAAACACCAGGGAAACAGCAUGCUAAAAAUGACUACAGCCCCCCGUGGUUUGCAAUCAGGAGAUCGGGCCACCUGGUUUGGCUUGUAUUACAACCUCUCAGGGGCUGGGUUUUACCCUCACCCCAUUGGGUUGGAGCUUCUGAUAGAUCACAAGGCCCUGGAUCCUGCCCUGUGGACCAUCCAGAAGGUAUUCUAUCAAGGCCGUUACUAUGAGAGUCUGACUCAGCUGGAGGACCUGUUUGAGGCUGGCCGGGUGAAUGUGGUACUGAUCCCAAACAAUGGCACAGAUGGGUCCUGGUCUCUAAAGUCCUCAGUGCCACCAGGCCAAGCUCCCCCUCUGCAGUUCCAUCCUCAGGGACCCCGAUUCAGUGUCCAGGGGAGUCAAGUGACUUCCUCCUUGUGGGCUUUUUCUUUCGGCCUUGGAGCUUUCAGUGGCCCAAGGAUCUUUGAUAUCCGCUUUCAAGGGGAAAGGGUGGCCUAUGAAAUUAGCGUUCAGGAGGCCAUAGCCCUGUAUGGUGGAAAUUCCCCAGCAUCAAUGUCGACCUGCUAUAUGGAUGGUAGCUUUGGCAUUGGCAAAUACUCUACCCCCCUGACCCGUGGGGUAGACUGUCCCUACCUUGCCACCUAUGUGGACUGGCACUUCCUUCAGGAAUCUCAGGCCCCCAAGACUCUCCGAGAUGCGUUUUGUGUGUUUGAACAGAACCAAGGUCUCCCGCUCCGAAGGCACCACUCAGAUUUCUACUCCCGCUAUUUUGGGGGCGUUGUGGAGACAGUGCUUGUGGUCAGAUCCGUGGCUACCUUGCUCAAUUAUGACUAUGUGUGGGAUAUGAUCUUCCACCCCAAUGGAGCCAUAGAAGUCAAAGUCCAUGCCACAGGCUAUAUCAGCUCAGCUUUCUUCUUCGGUGCUGGUGAGAAAUUUGGGAACCGAGUUGCAGAACACACACUAGGUACGGUGCACAUUCACAGCGCUCACUUCAAAGUGGACCUGGAUGUGGCAGGGCUGAAGAACUGGGCCUGGGCAGAGGAUAUGGCUUUUGUCCCCAUGAAUGUACCUUGGCAACCGGAAUACCAGAUGCAGAGGCUGCAGGUGACUCGGAAGCUGCUGGAGACAGAAGAGGAGGCUGCCUUCCCAAUGGGGGGCGCCACCCCACGCUACCUGUACCUGGCCAGUAACCACAGCAACAAGUGGGGUCAUAGGCGAGGCUACCGCAUCCAGAUACUCAGCUUUCCUGGGAAACCGUUGCCGCAGGAAAGCCCCAUAGAGAAAGCCUUCAGCUGGGGAAGGUAUCACUUGGCUGUGACCCAGAGGAAGGAGGAGGAGCCUAGCAGCUCGAGCAUCUUCAACCAGAAUGACCCGUGGACGCCCACUGUGGACUUCACCGACUUCAUCAGCAAUGAGACCAUUGCUGGAGAGGACUUGGUGGCCUGGGUGACAGCUGGCUUUUUGCACAUCCCACAUGCAGAAGACAUUCCCAACACGGUGACUGUAGGGAACGGAGUCGGCUUCUUCCUCCGGCCAUAUAACUUCUUUGAUGAGGACCCUUCCUUCUACUCUCCAGAUUCCAUCUAUUUCCGGGAGAACCAGGAUGUCAGGGACUGUGAGGUCAACCCCCUGGCUUGCCUGUCCCAGACUGCCACCUGUGCCCCGAACCUCCCUGCCUUUUCCCAUGGGGGCUUUGCUUACAAAUAAGUGUCCCCAAGAUGGACAACCUAGCCAAGGGCUGGGGAGUAGAGCAACAGCUGGGCAGUGCAGGGCCAUCUGGUUCCUUCUGUCUCCACUUCUCUGAUGUCCCCUCUCUCUUCUGCUGCCCUCCUUAUCUCUCCCUCCCUGCUUGGAGCUUCCUGAGCCCAUGGAUGUCUGACACACAGGGGCAUUGAGCUUUGUUGAGUUCCUGCCUCUGGAGAAGAUUAGCCUUGUUAGGAGCCUGGAGUAAUGGCUGUUUUGUUUUGAAGAUGAUUCCUUUCCCCCACCCCCACCCCAUCCCCCUAUUUGGCUUUCAUUAAAAAUUUUAUAAUAGCUUU